AUGUUCAGCAUGAACAAGAAGCUUAAGACAGGUGCAAGUGUUUACACUAAUCUUUCUUAUACUGCUACUGCUGGUUCGCAGUUGCAGCAGGAAUCAGUAGAGCUGGGUAAGCUGAACCCAUUCAUUGUGAGUGAUGAUGAAAUCUCCAAUAAACUUAAAGGGAUCCAUGACUCCCAGGCUGUUAGGCAAGACGUAGCUUCUCUUUACAAUGUCGUCAAAAACAUUGUCACUAGCGAGUCUCUCGAUCUCAAGAGUCCCAAACCCAUUGAACUGGUGCAAGAGGUUCCUAAAUCUGGUUUCAUGCCAACCAACAGUAUGCUGAAAGAGAUAGUUUGUCAGAUGACAUGCAAGUUAGUGGAUAACGCAUCAAAUGCACACGUGUCCGUAAUGGGGAUACUUAAAAUGCUGAACAGUUACACAUGGGAUGUAAAAGCAGUGAUAGUGUUGACGGCUUUUGCUUGGGACCACGGUGAAAACUGGCGUCUAUUCCUCACGAAAGGUGCUACCAAAGAGAAUGCAUUACUACUCAAUAUCUUCAGUGUUGUGGAACCAAUUGAUCCCAAAGCUGCCGCCCUUACCAGCAAUUUGGUUAAUCUCACGCUGCAACUCAUUGACCUCAUCAUUGAGUUGGAGGACUUGUUUUCUAACAAAGCUUAUACAGCAAAAGAUGUGCCUGCUUUGCAUGAUGCUACUCGAGGUCGUUAUACCUAUUGGGCAAUCUUAGCCCUUCUAGCAUGUGCUAAUCAAAAUGCUGAAUCGUACGGGGAAAUCAAACACCAAGUGCUUGUGAAGCUCCAAUUAUCUGUUCUGCCACAUGCAAAUGCUACUCUGGUUAAAAUCAAAGGCCAAAUAGAAAUUUUAGAGGUUAAGAACUGGCGUAUAAAUGUCUUCCACAAUCCUACAGAUAUUUUGGAGCUUUUAAGAGCUCUCAUCUUCCCCAGAUAUACUGAGCAACUCGAAAUAUUCGAUAAUACUGCUAAUAAAAGGGUUGAAGCUGAAGUGCUAAAGACAAAGAACCUAUUUUUGUUCAUUUCUGGUCUUGAAGACAUUGAAUAUGUGAUUUCGGUUCUGAGAAGUAUUCACGACUCCCUGACGAAAGACGAAGACAAACAUGAUUAUAAGAUCUUGUGGAUUCCCGUUGUGAAAGAAUGGAACGAAGCAAAGAAGAAUAAGUUUCUGGAGUUGAAUACUCAGAUGCCUUGUUACGUGGUACACUACUUUUCACUUAUAGAAGGUAUCGAAUGCCUCCAAGACUACUGGAUGUACCUGGGUAAACCUAUUCUGGUGGUGACCGAUCCUCAUGGGAAGGUAACAAACAAAAAUGCAUUGCCUAUGGUUAAGAUGUGGGGUAUGGAAGCUUUUCCCUUUGGAGCCCUUGUCCCACUUCCCCAGCAAUGGAAAUGGUUUUGGAACAUAGCAUGUAACAUUAAUGCGGAUAUUGAAAAAUGGAAGACCCAGGAGAACACGUAUAUCUUCAUUUAUGGAGGUGGGGACAGCAACUGGACACAAGAGUUUAGUAUUCGUGUGGAUGCCAUAAAAAAUGACUCCAAUAUCACCAAGGCAGGGAUAACAAUAGAGACAGUUCUGAUUAACAUUAAAUCCAAAUUCUGGGAGGACACAGAGCACUUGUUUCUGGACAUGUUUCAAAAGGAUCACUCUAUGGGUGUCGUCAAAGAUAUACUGACUUUGUUCUCUAUGCAAACUGAGGAGGGAUGGGCUAUUUUGAGUAGAGGGGAGAAAGUACUAAAAAUAGAUUGCAAUGGCUAUUUGAUGAAUGCGAUAAGGGAAUUUGAUGAAUGGAAGAAGAAUCUGCCGAAGCAAACCUUUGAGGGGGCUGUCGAAGGCCAUAUUGAUAAGAAAGGCCCUCUUCCUCUACACUGUCGCCGCAUUCAAUAUGAUAACAUUCACUUUGAUGCCUCAUUGAUCAUGCCCUGCCCGGAACCAACCUGUGAAGUGAAAAAAAUGGAAAUAGAAUCUGUGACUGUGAGGUACAAGUGUUGCCAUGGGGAGCAUGAUCAUGGGACUGAAAAUGGUGAAGUUCAUCAUCCCCCAGAACUGCCGAAGACCAAUUAA